UUUUGUUACGUCCUGAUACCGAGUGGUGUGGUGUGACAUUCGACUAAAGCAAGGUUAAAAGAAAAUCAAACCGACUUUUAAAUUUUUAUUCAGUUAUUUUUAUUCAUAUUUGAAAAAUUUUGAAAAAUUAUGUCGAAGUACAGAGUUGUAAUGAUAAGACAUGGUGAGAGCGAAUGGAACCAAAAAAACCUCUUUUGCGGUUGGUUUGAUGCGGCUUUAAGUACGAAAGGUGAAGAAGAAGCAUUAAGUGCUGGUAAAGCUUUGAAACAAAAUAAUUAUUCAUUUGAUGUUGCACAUACAUCUGUAUUGAAAAGAGCUCAAAAUACUUUAAAUUCUAUUCUGACUGAACUUGGUCAAAACAACAUUCCCGUGUACAAAACUUGGCGUUUAAAUGAGCGACAUUAUGGUGGUCUUACAGGACUUAAUAAAGCUGAAACUGCUGCUAAAUACGGAGAACAGCAAGUUCAAAUAUGGAGACGAAGUUUUGAUACACCACCUCCACCAAUGGAAGUUGAUCAUGCAUACUAUGACCAAAUUGUCAAUGACCAACGUUACAAAGAAGAACCAUCAAAAGAUGAAUUUCCUAUGUAUGAAUCUUUAAAACUCACAAUUCAAAGAACAUUACCUUAUUGGAAUGAUGUUAUUAUUCCUCAACUGAAAGAAGGGAAAAAAAUCAUCAUUGCAGCUCAUGGAAAUAGUCUUAGAGGAAUCGUUAAGCAUUUAGAUAAUUUGACAGAUGAUCAAAUAAUGAGUUUAAACUUGCCAACUGGUAUUCCAUUUGAAUACGAAUUGGAUGAAAAUUUUAAACCUAUUGUUUCAAUGAAAUUUUUGGGUGACGAAGAAACUGUGAGGAAAGCUAUUGAAGCAGUUGCUGCUCAAGGCAAAGCUAAGUAGAUAUACAUUUGUUUUUAAAGUUAAUACUAAUGUAUUAAAAAUUAUUUAAUGUGUUUAUAGAGCUAUUAUUAAAAUGUGUAGAUCUUGAUAGUUUAACUUAUUUAAUUUCAAAAUAUUUAUAUCAUAUUAUUAACAUAAUUAUAUUCAAAAAUAUUUAUUGAUUGUCUAAAUUUGUUGUAUGUAUAUGAUUUUUUAUGUUUUUAUUUAUUUUUUGUUUAGUGUCCCAACAAAUUUUUUGAAAUGUAUGCAAUUUACCAAAUUAAAUUUUAGAUAAACAUUUUUAUGUUAAUAUAAUAAAUAUAUCUAUUAAAUAGUUGUUAUA